AUGCCGAUUCAUGAGAAAGAUGAAGUAAACCGGGAAGCGAAUUGUUCGCGUGAAGAUGAAAAGGCUAUUUCCAUCGAUUGUCCGAGGAAAACUCAUCAAAAGCGAAACCAUAGCAAUUCUUCUGAAUUACAUGUGAAAAAAGUAAAAAGAAUCAAGAAAGAAAUACCCGAAUGUGACAAAGCAACAGAAGAAAAUCUUGAAGUAGGCAUAAUGAAAUAUGAAACCACUAAUAGUAAUGAUUCUAGACCUAGGAAAAAACCAAAUCCAUGGACACCGCUUGAAGAUAAAUUAUUGUUGGAAUGUCUACACGAUCUUGCAGGAGAGGGUAAAUGGAAACGAAUUGCGGAUGCAAUGAAUAAUGGAAGGAAUGCCGAUAAUUGCAGACAUAGGUUUAAUACUUUGAAAAAUAUUGUUGCGAAAGGCGGUCCAUUAGGCUAG